AUGGGGCGCGCGGCUCUGCGCAGGCUGGUGCGGUGCUGCGCGGGGCUGAGGGAUCCGGGCCCCGAUCCCGGCCCCAAGCCGGCCCCACCUGCCUGCCCGCCACGCUACCAGGACGAGAACGAGAGCCCUGCACGGCCCCAAACCCGUCAGGACGUGGUCCCGCAGCCCUGGGCCGAUGGCAGCGAGUCCCUGCAGGGAGAGGCCGAGCGGUUCCUUGCCUACAUCAGCACCCCACAGCUGCCUUGCUCCAGGGCUCUGAGCCAAGCGGGGCCCAAGGCCUUCGCGGACAGCACCCGGGAGCCCUGGCGCGUGUGCCUGGAUCACCUGCCCAGCCUGGCCCCGAAGCCACAGCAGCAGAGGUGCCUGGCAUACACCUUCAGCGUGGUCAAAAGGAUCUCCGAGUUUGCCCGGCGGAUGAAUGAAAUGGGGUGUCAAGUGCACAGCUUUGGCUGGACCCCCGACCGGCACGCAGAGGAGCGCUGGCAGGAGGGACGUGUCCAGCAUCACCGCGUGUGGCUGGACUGGCACGAGCAACCCCCGUCCGCUUCGUCGCGGAGGCAGAGGAGCGCUUCCAAGAGGCUGAGCCGGAUCAUGGAAAGCCUGGGCCACGAGAAGAUCGACGUGCUGGAAGCCGACUUGGCCAGCGCGGAGUGGAAGAUCCUGGAGAGCAUCCUCCUGGACGGCACCGUGGCCGCCGUGCACCAGCUGAUCCUCACCCUGCACCUCCACUGGCCCGGGUUCGAGGUGAGCGGGAGCAGCGCCGCGGUGGUCCGGCACUGGUACAGCUUGCUGAAGGCGCUGGAGGCCAGAGGCUUCCAGCUUUUCCACAGCUACAAGGACCUGCAGAAGCCGCAGCGGUUCCUGCACCGGGAGCUCCUCAACGCCAGCAGCUCCUACACGCUGGGCUGGGUCAACACCAGCUGGAUGUACUAAGAGGGGGUGGGCUGUGGAGGGGGCCUUGUUUGCACGCGGCUCCUGCCCCUGGUUUGUAGGUCCCAGCACAUCCUGGAGCGAGCACCCUUGCUCCCCAUGCGUGGGUGACGCAGGCAGCGGGUUCCCGAGGAACCCGCGGAGCUCUCCGAGGCCCGCAACUCGGACGGCGGGCGGAUGUCGGAUUCAGGGGGAUGCCUGAACUGGACCGAAACCAGCUCCACGGUGCCGAGACAUGCUGGAGCCCCACGUACCAUGUGCCCGUAUCCCCGCUGCGCUGCCCUGGGGUGCAGACGACGAGCGCCCUGCUCGCAGUCUCCCUAAUCAAUGCCAGUGCCUUGCUGUUGAGCUCCUGCAGCUCGGAUAAUAAGCCCUGCUGAUGCCUCCUGGGAGGAGACGCAGCAAUGCUUCUGCCCGCAGCUUGCAUCGGUCCCCCCACCCCUCCAGCCAGCGAGGGCCAAAACGGCUCUGGGGAGUAAGCACGAUGCAGUCCUUCCCUGCGCCCUGCUGCUUGGGAGCCCUUCUACCCGGGAUCGUUAGGGUGGCUGAAGUGGGAAAUCCUGCAAAGGUUGCGGGAACCAGCAGCAGCCUGGGCUGAUGCAAUUAGGUCAGCUGGGCUUUUCAACCAAGCCAAAGGGAGUGACCCAAUAAGAGCCUGCUCGGGUUUGAUGCGGGAGUUUGGUCUCUCUGCUCCCAGAGACUCCUCUCCAAACCCCAGCGAACAUCUCAACCGAAUGACAGGGGGUUUCAGAGUCCCCCCCCUCGCUGGGAGCCCGCCAACCCCCCAAGACCCUCCAUGAAAGCAGGCAGGGGCUCUUUGGAGAGCCGGCUGCAUCACGAGAGCAUCUCCUGCCAGUUGGGUGGGAGCUCGACGGGGACCGCUGCAGGUCUGCUUCCCGCCACGACAAAGCGGUGCAGCAUUUCCAAUCUCAUGGCAAAAGUAGGGGGGCGCGGAAAAACCCCUACACUUUUUUUGAGCAACCAAAGAAAAAUUCCAGUUCCAACUUUGGGUCAGGUCCAGUUUGCUUUCAUCUACAUGCCUAGGUUCAAACCGCUAGCGCACAACCGUGCUGCAGAAUGGCAUUUAAAGCCAAUUCGACUUGCGCCCUUCCCCGGGGCGAGGGCUAGUUCCUUGAGGGGCUCUUUUUUUUGUUGCUAUUUUAUUUUUUUUAUUUACACUUUAUUGCUCUUGUUUUUGUGGCUGCUCUCGCUGCUGGAGCGCACAAAAUCCUUCAGAUCUCGGCUGGCAGCAGAGAUCCGCCUAAUCAUAGUCAUUAUCUGGUAGCAGGUAAUGGGCAUCUUUCCCAUGUUAAUUUGAAAACAGAAUAGAUGAGAGCAGGACACUGGCGCACCGAGCAUGCUCCUAGACCCCCCUGCGGCUGGAAUUCGCUGCCUUUUUUUUUCCUUCCUCCCCAGCAAGUUGUGUACGGCGGAGAUCCUGCUCGAUGGGCUGACAUUGCUCGUGCAGUAGCAGGGCUCCGAGGUCACCGGCGGAGACAUAAAGUGCAAGAGGAUUUUUAUUUUUCGGUAUAAGCUGGCAGAGCCCGGGCGUCUGGGUUGCGAGAGCCUCUCGAGAUGCUCUGCCGUGAUUUUGCCAGCACCGACCCCAGUAACCUGCUGCUAAAUAAGUAAGCCCAGGUGCCACUGGGGGCUGGAGGAUGCGCGUCAGCUGCAGGAAGGAAUGAAAUGCGCCAGCGAGAGCCAUGAACCGCACAAAUUGCGCUCUGCCCAGCAGUGCAGAAGCCUGGCAAGGAUCCCAUCGCACACCGCGGACACAGAGGCCCUUUCGGCUGCUGCAAUAAAAACUCCCUGAGUUGGUUUCUGGGGUGGACCGUGCAAAAUAAGACCAUCUCUUUAUUGCCCGCUGCGUCGGUGCCACCCGAACUGGCCGUGCCAGCCCGCUGCUUGCACUCGGUGGCGGGGGGCCAAAUCCUGCCUGCCUCUUAGCACCGCCUCGCCCUUCUCCCUGGCUGCAGAUGCAAAAUAUCUCGGAGGCGACAGCCAGGUUUUGUCUCCUCUGGGCAAGUUCCCCCUUCCCACGGGGGCGGGAGCCGGGAGGAAGGGUGGCGUCGGAGUUUCGUUUUUUCUGAGAUACCGUUAACUAGUGAGCAAAGGUUGCAGUGUCUCCAUGGAGACAAGACAGUGAGCGAGACGGUGUGUGUGUGGAUCUAAGGUUAGCGCUGAUUAGUAAAUGUCAGCAGCACCGCUGCGUUCCCGCAAGUGCCCUCCGCCAGCGCCAGCACCGGCCUGGGCGCCCGGCGGCACGGGCAAAGCAGCGAGCCAGGCUAGGGGGCAAGGGCACCUCCGUACCCACGGGGAACUGGGAUCCCGCUGACCCCUGGGCAGUGCCGGCGUUGUCACUAUGCCAUCAUGACCGCUGCCAGGCCAGGUCUCCAGCCCCCCCCCCGAGGUUUAACGCGGCCCCUCGCUGCGCCCCGUGCAAGCAUCAAUCGAAGGGGGAGACUGGGGUGCAAG